GUUGUAUUUUGACAUCGAAUUUCCAUCCCAAAUCAAAACAGAGAAAAUGGCAACAACUCCCAAGGCUAUCUUCUUCCUUGCCUCGGCCCUUUGCUUCUUACUCCUCCUCAGUAUUGUUCAUGCCGAAGCUCCCGAGCACUUCUUCGUGGAAGGAAAGGUUUACUGUGACAACUGCCGUGCUCAGUUUGUAACCCGGAUCAGCAAGUACAUUGCAGGUGCACAGGUGCGAUUGGAGUGCAAAGACCGUGCAGACGGGAGGCUGACCUACGCCGUAGAUGGUGAGACUGAUGCGUCGGGGACCUAUCAUCUUAAGGUGGAGGGAGACCAUGAGGAGGAGAUCUGCGAGGUUGCACUCGUAAGAUCAAGCGAUCCUGAAUGUGCUGAGAUCGACGUUCAAAAUUAUCUUAGGAAGAGUGCUCGGAUUGUCCUAACCAAAGACACUGGCAUCUGCUCCGAUCAUCGCAUGGCCAACCCUCUUGGAUUCAUGGUAAAGCAACCUCUGCCUGAGUGCACUGAAGUCCUCAGAGAACUCGGAAUCACCUCUACUGGCCUCGUAUAAAGGACAUUCGUUUAAUGGCAAAACAAAAGUGAAAGUUCAUCCGCCUAUUGAAUAAACCCAGUUUUUCUUUUCCCCAUCUUUUUUUUUUUGGCAAUAUCGUCUAGCCUAAGGAAAGCUCCAUAGCUAUUAUGAAAUGAAACUAGUACUCCUAUA